AAGUUUUAUUAGUCAUAUGUACAGGAUAAACAUGGUAUACCCUGUCCAAUGAAAUGCUUACUUACGGGUUCCUUCAACAAUAAAAAAAAUACGAACAUAAAGUAAAUGGUUAAAUAGAAUAAGCAUUUUAGCAUAAUACAGGAAGGCACAAUUUAUAGUCCAAUAUUUAAGUUUUUUUUAAAUUGUGCGGUAUUUAGCAAUAACAUAUCUGGUAGCAGCAGUUGUGUGUAGCGUGAAUGUAUGUGCCAAAGUGCAGGUGGUCAACCAGUUCAAGUGUUCGGCAGUCUGAACCAGUUGAUAUCGGACUUCAUGCUCUGAUACCAUAUGCCCAACAGUAAGGGAGUGAACAGCUCAUGGCUGGGGUGUGUGGGGUCCUUGAUGAUGCUGCGGGCUUUCGUUUGAGUUACGUUAGAUGCCCUGGAUGGCUAACAUUUCAUCAUUUUGUUUCACCCAUGCUCUGGGAAUAAGGGUUGAUGCGUUUACCUGAUGGCUGGAUUAAUACAUGUGUAUCACCCGUCGUGGUUAACUUGACCACUGUUUCUUCAUUAUGAUGAAAAGCAUAUUAGCUACUUUUAUAUUAAUAUUUUUUUUAGGUGCUUGGGAAAGUUAAGUGAUUCCGUGCUUUUGUCCUUUCAACGUAUGAUUGCAACAGCGCCAUAGCUCGCGCAUUGUGGUCAGUCGCAGGACUUCUUUCUCAUACCAGAAAAAACACGUACUGAGCUUGCGUACAAACUAGCGCGAGACAUCGGACUGUGGCUAGCUAACUACGAAGUUUUCGGACUAAUCGCAGAAAUCACAACCUUUCUUUCCAUCAAAGAAGAGCUAGUAGUAUCCCUACUAGGAGGACUGAAGGCAGAGACCAGAGAGAAAGAAGCAGACCAGAGAUAAGAGGUAUUGUGGAAGAUGUCUGCCUCGCACUUCUUCAAUGAGGACAGUGUCACGCGGUUCAAAAAGAGAAAAGCUCGCUUUACCUUCAGUGAGGUCCACAUCCUCCUGGAUGAAGUGAAGAAGAAUCGGCACAUCGUUGUCGGGAAGUUUAACCGCGGUGUACCAACGGAUGUGAAGAAGCGCGUGUGGGCGGAGAUCACGGCCAGUGUGAAUGAGAUCGGGGAGAGCCAGCGUGAGGUCAUCGAGAUCAUCAAGAAGUGGUCCGACCUUAAGUGCGACACCAAGCGUAAGGUGGCCGCCAUGCGGUCGGGGGCCAAUUUCAAGGGGAUCAACUCGCGGCUGUCCCGCGACCUCAGCCCCACAGAGAACAUUGUGCAUCAGAUCUUGGAGCUGGAUGGGAAGCGAAGCCGGGUGCCAGGUCUCCAUUAUGGGGCUUUCAAGGAGGGAGAUGAUGAUGAAGGACCAGAGGAGGAGGACGAGGAAGAGGACAUGGCGGGGAUACACAGUUACCCCAAUGAAGGAAUAGACGUCUCGAUGCCACCACCCUCCACGCUUUCCUCGGCCAUGCCCAUGUCCUUUUCCAUGGGGAUGCCGGGCCCUGGCCACACACCCAUACCCCCGGUUCAACCCAAAGAUGACCAUUCUAUGCCAACCUACAGUGGCUCGUCCAGAGAUUCGUCACAUCCCUCUUAUGAAAUGCAGUACGAGAUACCCACUGGUGAAGACACUGAGAACCAGUUUGGGCAGACAGACGAUGAGCGUCAGGACGAGCUGCCCCCUUCCACCUCACAGACGUCCAGCCUCACGGAGGACAACCAGGGGAGCGGCGGCGGCCCACACCCCUCCACAGGCACCCAGCCCUCGCCCUCAUCGUUCUCCGCCGCACCACCUACAGCAGGCCAGCCACCUCGGAACGCCAGGGAUAGCAUGUUGCAGAGCGCCUCGCUGAGCAUUCAGGAGCAGCACGCCACCAACACCGCGCUAGAGACGGUCUCGCGCUCCCUGGAACUGCUGUCCGAGUCAGUGCAGCAGCUGGCCGAGACACAGCAGGAGUUUGUGCGUGAGUCGCUGCAGCUGCAGCGGGAGACGAUGCACAUACUCCGAGACUUCACCAGUGGGGCCCUGGCCCUCAUGCAUGACAAGCUCAAUGGACGCCCGGCCCUAUAGCCCAGACGUUGCUGCACUAUCUGCCCCUCCUGUGGAGCUGGACGGGUGUGUUCCUUUACACUGGGUACAAGGUUGUUCCAUUUCUUUCAUUGAGUCAUUUACUCCAGACAUUUUUAGUGGGUUGUGUUCCGAGUUACUGUAUUUUAUAGGAGUAACAAUACUGUCUGCGUAAAUGUUUAAAUUAUGAACUGUGUGUUAUCCCUCCAAGGGAAAUACAGAAACUCAAAGCAGAAUUAGGGGUUUCUUGCACAAAUUAAGAGCCUAUUUGUUUCUUCCCCCAUUUCUCAGAUCAUUAAAAUGGAGUCUAGUUUAAGGCUCAGAAAGAUUCUAAAACUUGCCUAAUUUUAGAGUGGGGUAAUAAUGUGAAAUGUUUUCUAAAGUGUCCUGUUAGAACCUGUUUUCAACAUGAUACAUCUGAUAAACAUGUUAGAGCGAUAAGGCCCCGUCAUUUGUAAAGGUGUGCAUACUUCUUGAGAUUAUGGACUGAUUUCUGUAUGUCUUUUUUAUGUGAGACAGUUUUAAACAAAUUCUCAUUUUGUCUACUAUGUUGAUGUAGUCUCCUUAUGUACUAUUGUACGGAGAUAUUGUAGAACAUGUAAAUAAAUAUGAUUGAUAACUGCUGUAAACUGA